AUGACUGCGCUUCAUUUGGGUGCUAAGAAUGGUUUUGCUUCCAUUCUCAAUGUUUUCGAUCAAUCAUUAUGGAAGAAAUGUUCAAAAAAGACCGGCUUAAAUGCGCUUCAUAUAGCUGCUUAUUAUGGGAAUUCAGAUUUUGUGAUGGAAAUGUUAAAAUAUGUACCAGCAAAUUUACGAUCCGAACCACCAAUUUAUAAUCACUAUGUUGUGAAAGAAUUUGCAACCGAAUAUGGCUUUACACCUUUACAUUUGGCAGCACAAUCUGGACAUGACUCAUUGGUACGAAUGUUAUUGAAUCAGGGAGUUCAAGUGGAUGCUACUUCAACCACCAUGAGUGUUAUACCUCUCCAUCUCGCAGCUCAGCAGGGUCAUAUCGCGGUAGUCGGGAUGCUUUUAUCGCGGUCAACUCAACAACAGCAUGCAAAAGAUUGGCGUGGACGAACACCAUUACAUUUGGCUUCAAUGAAUGGACAUUACGAAAUGGUUUCAUUACUUAUUGCCCAAGGAUCGAAUAUUAACGUCAUGGAUCAGAAUGGAUGGACAGGGAUGCAUUAUGCCACUCAAGCAGGUCAUUUGAAUGUUGUCAGGUUGUUUGUAAAGAGUUCAGCUGAUGCACAAGCAGAAACGAAAGAAGGAAAGAUACCUUUGUGUUUCGCCGCUGCACACAAUCAUGUUGACUGUUUACGUUUUCUAAUGAAACAAAAUCACGAUACGCAUGCAUUAAUGGAUGAUCGAAAGUUCAUUUUUGAUCUAAUGGUUUGUGGUAAAACGAAUGAUAAUGAACCACUAAAAGAAUUUAUUUUGCAAAGUCCAGCACCAAUUGAUACUGCUGUUAAGCUAUCAGCUUUAUAUCAUGAAAUGAGUGAAAAGGAAAAAGAACGAGCCAAAGAUCUGUUAAAUGUUUCGCAAUUCGCAGAAGAUAUGGCCGUUGAAUUGCUCGGUAUAACAGCAAGGGAGUACAAUCCGGCAUUGUUGUUGAAAGCAAAGGAUAAUCGUGGCCGACCGCUUUUGGAUGUAUUAAUUGAAAAUGAACAGAAAGAAGUAGUUUCCUAUGCCUCAGUACAGCGUUAUCUUACGGAAAUCUGGACCGGACGUGUGGAAUGGUCAUUUGGUAAAACGGUUGCAUUCACAUUAAUGGUACUUAUCUGUCCACCAGCUUGGUUCUAUUUCUCGCUACCGCUUGAUACACGUAUUGGACGUGCUCCAAUUAUCAAAUUCGUUUGUCAUAUUGUGUCACAUAUAUACUUUACAAUUUUACUUACAAUUGUGGUACUCAGUCUGACACAUAAAAUUUACGAAGUACGAAGUAUCGUGCCGAAUCCGGUUGAAUGGUUAUUGCUUCUGUGGCUGUCCGGAAAUCUCGUCUCCGAGCUGUCUAAUGUAGGCGGUGGUUCAGGUCUUGGAAUUGUUAAGGUACUAAUUUUAAUACUUAGUGCAAUUGCAAUAGCAGUGCACGUUCUUGCAUUCGUGCUACCCAUUUUAUUCAUGCAUCAUUUGAACGAUGACGAAAAGAUGCAUUUUGUACGAACAAUGCUCUAUUUAAAAAAUCAACUAUUUGCGCUUGCCUUAUUAUUUUCCUUCGUUGAAUUUUUGGACUUCCUCACUGUUCAUCAUUUAUUCGGUCCAUGGGCUAUUAUUAUACGGGAUCUUAUGUUUCUUGUGAUAUUAUUACUCUUCAUAGCUGGUUUUACUCUGCAUGUCACCUCUAUAUUUCAGCCAGCAUAUCAGCCUGCGAAUGCGGAUGAUGCGCAAUGGAUGCGUCUUUCAUCACCCGAGCAAACUCUUGAAAUGUUGUUUUUCUCACUGUUCGGAUUAGUGGAACCGGAUACGAUGCCACCACUUCAUUUAGUUCCUGAUUUUGGAAAGAUUAUUUUAAAAAUGAUUUUUGGAAUCUAUCUAUUAGUUACUUUAAUUGUUUUAAUAAAUUUAUUGAUUGCAAUGAUGUCUGAUACAUAUCAGCGGAUCCAAGCGCAAUCGGAUAAGGAAUGGAAAUUCGGUCGUGCAAUUCUAAUCCGGCAAAUGAAUAAACGUUCCGCUACUCCGGCUCCUAUCAAUAUGUUAACGAAGUUGAUUGUUGUUCUCAAAGUUGCUUAUAGAAAUAACUUAAAAUUAUGUACGCAAAAAGCUCAGCAAGAUCUUAGGCAUGAAGAGAACAUUGAUGCAUUUUCGAUGAGCGGUGAUACGGGCCGUCUCAGUCCAGCUAUUUUAGCUGACGAUGAUACUGCUGAAAUUCGACGUGGUCAGAACGAAGAAUUGGGAAAAAGUGGUGAUUGGAAUAUCGAAACAAUAAUUGAUUGGAAACGUGUUGUCGAUAUGUAUUAUCAAAUAAAUGGUAAGGUAGAUGCGGAAGAUAUACAGGUUGAGAUACCAUCAUAA